AUGCGGUUACGCAAUAACAAACCCAUGAGGUUCGCCGACCCGAUCCCGUGGAACUUCGGCGUGUUCCCGCAAACCUGGGCCGACUCGUCCACGCGCUGCCCGGAAUUCGGGAACCUGCCCCUAGACGACAGUCCCGUGGAGUUAAUCGACAUAGGUAGCCAGGUCCGGCAGUUAGGCGAGGCCUACGCGGUCGAGCCGCUAGCGGCGUUCGUGCUGGUGGAUCCACGCGGGUUCCAGCUUUCGUGGAAGGUGGUGGGGAUCGCGACGGACGACCCGUCGGGGUUUCAGGACCUGAGCGACGAGAACGUGGCGGGGAUCGUGCAGACGCUGCUGGACUGCAUUUGCGAUUGGCUGCGCGCCGGCCGGCACUGCGGAGGAGAAAAGACCCUCUCGCUGACGCUAAGCCAGGGUGAAAAGACCAAGGUGCUGACGCUGAGCCAGGGCAAGGCGGGGCAGGACAAGGUGAUGGAGAUAGUCGCUCAGGCGCACGCAGCGUGGCAGCUGCUGCGUAGCGGGGCAGCUGAUAACGAGGAUAUGGGCGACCUGCUGCUCUCCCCAAACCUACUGCACCGGAAGCCCCAGUCCGGGCCGGCGGUUCGGAUCUUCGCCGAGUCGUACGCGACGGAUUCGGCGAAUAAGGACAAGGCGGUGAUCGACGAGCAGGAUAUUAAGACGCUCGUUGCGCCGGUCUUUGGGAGUAGUUUCAUGGUGGACUCGUGGGAUAGCCCGGAUGAAUUUGAGGGGGAGAAAGCGGGUGCAGCCGGGGAGGAUCGGGACGGGAAAGAGGAGGAUUCGGAUGACGAUUGGGGGAUAGGAGGGGGAGGGGGAGGGGGAGGGGGAGCGGGAGCAGGAGCGGGAGGGGGUGGGAGGGCAGGGUUGAAGAAGCUGGGCGGCAGCCAGACGGUCAGCCGGUUCCUGGGCCGGCUGCGGCGGCCGUCCCAGGCGUUUGGCAGCGAUGCCUUGGGAGGGUUAGACCUCUCGGCUAUUCAGCAGACUUACUUUGACAACUCUCAAAUCUCUCAGGUCUCUAAAAAUUCUCCGAAUUCUCGGGACUCGGAGGGGCCGGCGGCUAGAAAGCGGCCGUCCCAGGCGUUUGGGAGCGACGCGCUGGGGGGAAUGGACCUAUCUGGCUUGCAGCAGCAGCCGCUGCCGCAGCAGCAGCAGCAGCAGCAGCAGGUGGAUUUCGCGGGAGAUUUAUCAGCAGGGGCGGCGGCAGGGCGGCGGGGAGGUGAUGGGGGGAUUGGCGAGGGGGGAAGUGGUGAGGGGGGGUAUGGUGAGCGGGGGAAUAGGGAGGAAUGGAGUGGAGAAGUGGGGAACGGGGAGGAUGAGGGGGAGGAAGGGGCGGCGCUGUCCCAGGGGGGUCUGAGGUCUAGGAGUUUCAACUCCGCGUAUGCGCCCUCCUUUGAUUCCGCCUAUCCGCCCUCCUUUUCCGCCCAGGACCAGCUAAACAUGCGCCUUGACGGGCUGGGGGAAGGGGGGUUGGCGCAAAGAGGGGCGCAGGGGGUGGCGCAGGGGGAGGCGCAGGGGGGGGCGCAGGGGGGCGCGAGCAUGGCGUUUGGCGCGAGCAUGGCGUUUGGCCGGACCCGCAGUGCAGGGUCCGCGGAAGGGGGAAGAGCAGGGGGAGUGGUGCCUAUAGGAGGGGCGGGGGAGGCGGGCGGGGCGGGCAGGGCGGAAGGGAAUUUAGCAGGCCAGUCGCCGUCCGCGUUAUCAUCCUCCCAGUCCCGUUAUAGGGCGUGGCGGAACCUCCUAGUAGACGUGCACCUGGGGGGGAGAUCCGCCAAGGGGGGCGGAAACGAGGGGGGAGGAUUCCUGGCGGAAGGGGCAGGGGCGGGCUCAGGCAUAGGGGCAGGCGCAGGGGCAGCAGGGGGAGCAGCGGCAGCAGGGGGAGCCUUCGGUCCUCCGUCCUCCUCCUCCUCCGCCUCUACCCCCUCCCCCCUCCCCUUCCCCCCGCUGCCCCCUUCCGCCCCCCUCUCCGCGUCCUAUAACGGCCGCCCCACUCCCCCCGCCUGUGGAGAAUCCCUAGAGGAGGUUCCGCGGAGCAGGUCAACGCCUCCAGGCGCCCCCCUUUCCGGCCCUGGGGGGCCGGGCGGGGCGGGCGGGGGGAGCGGAUGGGCGGUAAGGCGGAGCCUUCGCCAUAGCAGGAGCCACAGCUUCUCGGAAGCUUCCCAGGAUGGGGGGGGAGUGGGGGGAGGCGCGCGGAGGGAGGGGGGCGGGGGUGGGGGCGGCGCAGGGGGUGAGGGGGAGGGAGUGAGGAGGGCAGGAGGGAGCGUGCGUGGGGCGUUCGGGGAAGGCCUCAGGGGGAGUGGGGGAGGCUGCGGCGGAAGUGGGGGGUGGGGGGGAAGCGGUGGGUGGGGUGGGACUGCUGGGGGUAGCAGCGGGGGCGGGGGAGGGGGAUAUGGCGGAACAGGCUGGUUUUCCGCCGCUUAUGGGAGCAUUGGCGGAGAUAUUGGCAGCACCAGCGGAAGGAGCAGCAGCAGCAGCCUCAGCAGCAGAGACGGGGGAAGAGAGGGAAGGGAAGGGCGCGAGGGGAGGGAGUGGAGGGAGGGGCGUGAGGGGAGGGAGGGGAGGGAGGGGAGGGAGGCGAGGGAGAGUAGGAGGUCACUCAGUAUGGUGCUAGAGCCGAUCCAAGGGACUCCCAACACAAGCCCUCUACCCGCGGACUCCCUUCCCCUCUCCGCCUUUGCUUCCGCCCUCCCCCCUCCGCCCCUUUCCGCCUUCGCCUCCCCCUCAGGGACCACCACGCCGCCCUAUGCCAACCGCUCCCCCCGAUCCAGCCCUCUCUCUCGCUCCUCCCGCGCGCACUCCCACCUUCCCCCCAUUCCCCUGCCUUCCCCCGGGCUCUCCCCUGGGCUUUCCCCCGGGCUUCCCCCUGUCAUUCCGCCCACGCACAGCGGGAGCAGCGGGGGGAAGAGCCCCCUGAUGAGCCCCCGCGCGCUGCUCUGCGCCAGCAGCCCGGCCACCAGCAACAGCCCCCCUGGGUUCAGCCCUGGUGACGAGCUAAGCGCUGGCGGAAUGCUAAGCGCCGGUGGGAGCAGCGGUGCGCGUGGUGGGAGUGGUGGGAGCGGUGGGAGCAUUGGGAGAAGCAGCAGAGGGGGAUCCGUGAGGGGAAGCAGCAGUGGCGGAGGGGGGCUGUUCGGGGGACUGAUAAGCGGGGGGAAGAGGCUGGGCGGGAGUGUGAGGGAGAGGACUCGGCACGCUAGGAGGCACUCUGUGGGUGCUGUUGCUGCUAUGCCCCUACUCUCCCCUAUCACGCGAGGCCUCUUCUCCGUUCCUAAACAGUCCGAGGCUGCAGCAGGGGAGGCAUCGCAGACCUCGUCUGCCGCCCAUUCUCCUGCCGCCCGGUCCCCUGCCGGCCAUUCCAAUGCCGCCCACUCUCCUGCUGCUCGCCCCAUGCCUGUACGAUCCUUAUCCGUCCAGUCAAUGUCAGUUGCUCGCUCCUUAUGCGCCCACUCCUCCACUGGCCCCUCCCCUGCUUCCAGCACUGGCUCUGCUGCAUGCAGAGACAGUUUCGAGGCGGAAAUGCCAGGUGGAGAGCGGUUGGAAGGGGUGCAGGUGGCUGAUCACCCGUCAGAUAAGCAGCAAGAGUCUGAGAACGUGUUUCAGCAGUUCCACCUGCAGUUGCAGCUAGAGCAGGUUCAGCAGCAACAGAUGGAGCAGCAGCAGCAGCAACAGCAGCCCCAGCAGCAGCAGCAGCAGGCAGAGCAAAAGCCGCGGCGGCACCGGCGCCUCAUCGUUCCUCACCCGCCCGUUUCCCCCCGCGUUGCCGACCCGAAUCGCACUGGCUCGGACGCGUCAGGUGCGGAGCCAGGCUCGCACGGAGGUUCGGGUGCUGGAUCAGGCUCGGGAGCGCACUUCAUGCACCUCCCCCUCCCCUUGCCUCCUCCCCUUCCCGUCACCCCCCAAAACCCCCCUCCCCUUCCCUUACCCGCUCCCUAUCCCCACACCCGCCACGACCCCCCCUCCCCCCUUCUCCCUCGCACGCCCUCUGCUCCUCUUACCCACACCCCCUCUCCUCCUCGUCCUAACCAGACCCCGUCACAUCCUCCCCGCACCCCCUCUCCUCCUCCUGCCCACGACUCUUCUCCCCCGCUUCCCCACAGCGUCUCUCCUCCCCCCCGCGAUGCCUCCCCGCCCCUCAAUCCCCCCCAUCGCGCCCAAAGCGCCGCCCGAUCCUUCCUGUUACAGGAGCUUGGGGGUAGGCGCCCCCAAGGCUUCCUCCGAACCUCCAGUGUAGCCUCGGCACUGCCAGGCUUGGCGAGCCCAGGCCCGGGCCAAGGCUCGCCGGAGAGGGUCAGGGGAAGAGGCAGUGACAGGGGUGGUGACGACGAUGGUUCUGGUGGUAACCAGAUCAGUGGUAACCAGAUCAGUGGUAGCUCCCCUCCUCGCCCCCCGUCGUGUGAGAGAAAUCAACGGUCCAAAUCUCCUUUGAGCCGUCUUGAUAGGAGCAGCAGCAGGGGGAGGGAGAGAGCUGGGGUUGCAGAGGGAAGCAGCAAAGGGAGCGAGAGAGGUGGGGUUGCAGAGGGGAGCAGCAAAGGGAGCGAGAGAGGUGGGGUUGCAGAGGGGAGCAGGGUGGACGAGAGAGACGCGAAUCCCAGUCCUUUGAAUAAGGAACAGAUAGGGAGGGCGGGGCACGGAAGAGAGCAGGAGGUGUGUGUGGAAGAGGAGAGCAGGGGAGAGAAGACUGGGGCUGAGAGCGGGGCAGCAGAGGGCAGAGGAGAGAGCAGAGAAGAAAGCAGAGGAGAGAGUGGAGGAGAGAGUGGAGGAGAGAGUGAAUUAGAGGUCCCUGCUUCUCCCUCCCUCUCUGUUUCUCUCACGUUUUCCCGGAAGCUGCCUGUGGGUAGUUGCAGUGCUGCUGAUGAGGCUGGGAAGCGGGGUGAAGCAGCGGGUGUUGGUACGACCACAGUUGAUGCUGUUACAGUUGGAUUAGUGGGAGGGGAAGCAGAGGAAGUGGAAGGGAGUGGAGGAGUAGAAGAGGCAGUAGUGGCGGUGGGAGAAGGCGAGAUGGAUCAUCUUUUGUCGCGCCGCGAGGGGAGAGACUGGUCGCCACAGUUGGGGCGUGAGGGAAGGGACUGGUCCCCUCCUGCACCUCGGCCGAGGAAAGAGCUUUCAGGCAGCAGUGUGGCACAGCGACGCGCUUCUCUCUUUGCCCUUCCUGGCUCUGCUACUGCUGCUGCUGCUGCCUCUGCGGAUGGCACCCUGUCUUCUAAAGACCGGUCGGGCUCGUUCGGAAACCGCAGUGGCUCGUUCAAGGACCGGAGUGGGAGGAUGGAGGACGAUGAGGAAUCUAGAGACCUCGGUGGGUCGACCAGAGGCCGGAGCAGAUCAUCUCGAGAUCUCAUUGGCUCGUCUGCCGAGCCUGGUGGCCGGUUCGGGGAGCGGAGCGGCUCGUUUAAGGACCGGGAGCGGAGGGUAGGAAUAUGGAAGAUCGGGAAAGCUGGCAGGGAGACAGGGGCAGGAAGCAGAGGGAGGGAGGAAGGAGAAUGGGAGGUGGUGGAGGGAGGGGUUGGGAGGGAGGCGGGAAGUCGAAUUAGUGUAGACCUUUGGAAUAGACCAGGCUCACGGGAAGAAAGGAGGGAGAGUGGAGGGCAGAGUAGGCAGAGCGAGAGCAGUGUUACGCGCCGCGGGAGUGAAGGGAAGGAGUUGUGGGGUGCGUUGAGCGGUGAGAAGGGUGGAGAGAGGGGUGGAGGAAAGUGGGGAGAGGGACUGAGUGGUGGAAAGGGGUAUGGGCAGAGAGAAGGGGUAGUUGUGAGUAGGCAGGGGGUUGAGUGGGGUCGGACGGAGAUGGAGGAGGAAAAGAAGGUAGAAGCGGAGGAGGAUGAAGUGGAGGAAGGAGAGGAGGAAGAGGAAGAAGAGGAGGAAGAGGAAGAAGAGGAGGAAGAGGAAGAAGAGGAAGAAGAAGAGGGGGAGGAGGAAGAAGAAGAUGAAGAGGAAGAGGAAGACGAGGAGGAAGAUGAGGAGGAAGAUGAGGAGGAAGACGAUGAGGAUGAUGAUGAUGAGAAGAGGAAGAUUAUACUGAGGGGGAAGAGGAGGACGAAGAGAGUGACAGUGAUGGUUCAAGGGUGGAGCGAGAGAGGGGCAGAGGGGCGCCUAAGAAGCCAGAGCCCAGGAAGUAUGUGUGGGAUAUAA